UACACUAACUUGUACGCACGCAUCAAAACUUGUACAUCUUAUCUACAUUUCAACAUUCCAGCUCUGGAAAAUAAAAUAAGUUGGUACACAUAAAAGAAGAGCGUUAUCUUCUUCCUUCCUACUCGUCUCUACCUUCAAGUCUUUCAGUCUUCUCAGUGUGUUCAGUAGUUGCAUAAAUGGCGGGAAAGGGUGGGAAGGGUUUAUUGGCUGGAAAGACAACUGCGGCUGCUGCAGCGGCAGCGAACAAGGAUAAGGAUAAGAAGAGGCCGAUUUCUCGGUCUGCACGCGCAGGGCUACAGUUUCCAGUGGGAAGAAUCCACCGCCACCUCAAAACAAGAACCUCAGCCCAUGGGCGGGUCGGUGCCACAGCUGCAGUCUACUCAGCCGCAAUUCUGGAGUACCUUACUGCAGAGGUGCUUGAGUUGGCAGGAAAUGCCAGCAAGGAUCUGAAAGUGAAGAGGAUCACCCCACGACACUUGCAACUUGCCAUUCGUGGUGACGAAGAACUCGAUACUCUCAUCAAAGGUACCAUUGCUGGAGGUGGUGUCAUUCCUCACAUUCACAAGUCACUCAUCAACAAAACCACCAAAGAAUGAGCCCCCCAAUUAUCAUGGACUGUUCUUUUUAGCUUUAACAACUCUUCUGAGUAUUGAAUUUUAAGUUUAUUUAUAGGUUCUGUUGUUGUGUCAAGGAUUCAUGUGGAUUGACUUUGACUAUGACUUUGACUUCUGCUUUAUGUAGUUCUUAGAUUGUAGAAUUGUUGUACAUGAUCUGCCUGCUUAUCAUCUGGUUGUAUUUUUAUCUUGAUGUCACAUGGUUGAGUUGUAUCU